AUGACCAUCCUCGGUUUCUGUAAUUUGGCAGCACCAGGCAUUUGGGGAGCCAUGAAUUCUCUAGGAGCCGGUGGAAGUCAGUCACCGCAGCUCGUGAACGCGGCUAAUGCAUUGACAUUCUGUCUCAUGGUCGUGUCCUGUUACUUCUCAAGCAUCAUAAUUCGCUAUAUCGGAGUCAAAGGUGCUCUAGUUUUUGGAACAAUGGGCUACGCCCCAUAUGCGGCUGGUCUUUAUACAAACAACAGAUAUGGUACCACCUGGCUCGUUAUCCUGGGUGCCGCCUUGUGUGGCAUAUCUGCAGGAACCUUUUGGGCUGUAGAGGCUGCCAUUGCCAUUGCCUACCCAGAACCUUGGAACCGUGGAAAGUCUCUGGGCUGGUGGUUGACUUUCCGUGUCAUGGGGCAAAUCAUCGGCGGCGCCAUCAAUCUCAGCUUGGAUAUCGACAGGAACAAGGCAGGCAAAGUGUCUUAUACCGUCUAUAUUGUUUUCAUCACGAUUCAAGCCGCUGGAGCUCUGAUUGCUCUUUUGCUCAACAGACCCCAGCAUGUACAGCGUCAAGAUGGCAAAAAGGUCCAGUUGGCUAUUGUCGAAAACCCCUGGUACGAGAUCAAGGCAACAGCGAGGGCAUUCAUAAAGCCUCAUUUUCUCUUGAUCGUCCUCUGGAUUGGACAGGCUGUGUUUUCGGAAGCCGUCUAUUUCACCUAUCUUUCUUUAUGGUUCUCCGUCAGAGCCCGAGCACUCGGCUCAUUCUUGGGUGGCAUCGUUGCUGUCAUUAUUGGAAAUCUGACUGGCUGGUUUCUCGAUCGUACAAAGGUUCCCUUGAAGAUUCGCGCCAGAUACACUUUCUGGUUCAUUGUUGUAACCCAGGGCGCAUGGUGGCUUUGGGCCACAGUGAUUUCCACACGAUACAGACGUACUCUGCCCACGUAUGACUGGGAAGAUUCUGGCUUUGGAUCAGGCUUCGGUGUCUACAUCUUCCUGACCUUUGGAUUUCAGAUCAAUUACCUCUUUCUCUAUUUCAUUGUCACCCACUUAGCCAAGGACCAAGGCGAAGUUAUUCGAUAUGCAGCCCUGCUACGAGGUACCGAGUCUGCUUGGCAGGCUGUCAGUUAUGGCUUGACCUCCCUGACGGUAUUUGCGCAAGUCGGUGGAAUCUACAUGAACUUUAUCCUGUGGGCUAUUGCCAUUCUCCCCGCAUGGCUGGUAGUGCGACACAUUGGCAGCAAGGACGGACAGUGGGAUCGAGAGUCGAGAGGGUCAGACGAGUCACCAGAGGUUCUGGUUACCGAGGAGACCGUUACCGCAUCAAAGGCUCAUGAGGAAUAA